AUGGCUGCGGUCCUCUCGACCAACGUCUCCUCGGUCAUGGCGCUCCCGGCUGGCAUGCCUCCGGCGCUCGAUGAUACCCUGGGCGCCAUGCUCAUCGGCGCAUUCAUCUCUACAAUCCUUUACGGCCUCACUCUCAACCAGAUUUCGCGGUACUAUGAACUAUAUCCCGUGGACACUCCUUUGUUUCGUAUUAUGGUGAGCGCUCUUGCUUCAUUACAGCAUCGUCGUCUAGCCCCUGACAACGGGGGCGUGUCUGCAGGUCCCAACUCUAUUGUAUGGUUUGCGCGUUACCUCCGCGGCGUUGCGCUCGUAGACACUUACGCCCGCACCAGCAUCCUGGAGACUGUGCAUACAGUCUGCAUUCUCGAAUCUAUCUACUACUACCUCGUGGCCAACCAGGCGAAUCCGUCGAGUAUCCUAGGUUUCCACCCUCCACUGAAGCUCGUCAUCCCUAUCACGGCUGUGACUACGUUGCUUUGCCAUAGCUUCUAUGCUCGUCGGGUGUAUCUCUUUGGGUCGCACCAUCGUAUGAGCGUUGUGAUCGCGGCUUUGUUUAGUAUGGCAAAAAUGGGAUUUUGUGUGGCUGCCACUGUAGAGGUAUUUAGCUCGCCGUUGAUCAUAACGAUCGAGAAGUACAGCUGGAUGGUCUCCGCCUCCUACGGCUGCACAUUCGUCGCCGACGCCCUCCUGACGGGCACGCUCAUUUAUAUCUUGCUCCAUAGCCGCACCGGCUUUAAGCGGACAGACAGCAUCGUUGAGACACUCGCUUUGUACACGACCAAUACAGGCCUAUUGACCAGCACUGUUGGAGUUAUCGUUUUCAUCCUGGCGCUGGUACAACCGAACAACCUGAUAUGGGCGGGGGUAGGGUUCGUCAGCAAUAAGCUGUACGCCAACGCGGUACUUGCAGUGUAA